CGGAGCAGCAGCAGGAGACACACUGCUCCGCGGAGGUCUUUAUUCGGAUCCGUCUCGGUCAAUGUUUGCUCAUUUCUAUGGUAUCGGACGGAUUUUGCUCGGAGUAAACUGUGAGCGGGAGGGGAGGACUGCAGCGCGAUGUCGGCUCUGAGGGAGCAGCGGUGUUACGGGCUUUCCAGCGGUAAACUGAACCCCGGCUCUAACGUCUCCGUUUUUCACGUAAAACUCACUGACAGCGCGGCAAGAGCCAUCGGGAGCUUUCACAACGGCAAGAGCUGGUCUUCCUGUCCUACCAUCACCUUCAAUGGAAAUCAAGGGAGAAUUGCCAUCCCUUGCUCAGAGAAUGGAAAUGAAGCGCGGAUCUUCACCUUUGGAGUGACUAACGUCGCUCGCAAUAGUCCGCAUGGGAGCUUCGACUGUGUCAAACAGCGCAGCAUAGGUGCCGCCGAGGAGCUGACAUGUCUUGGAGUGAUUCAGAAGAAGAUGACGGUCAACGCCACAGAUGAUUCGUACGAUAAAGCCCGCCAGAGCUUGGCCCAGGCAGAGGAGGAGACCCGCAGCCGAGGGGCCAUCGUCAUCAAAAACGGAGCGCGCUACCAGGGUAAGAAGGUGACUGUGCGAGCCCCAGCUCCUGCACUGGCCAAACUGACCAAGCCUAAAUACUCAUCCCACUCCCUCCUCAACAUUAAAAGGGGGGUCAGCACGUCCAGGCCCAGGAAGGGUCCCUGUCCUGUGAGCAGAAAAAGUGACAUCCAGGAUCGGCCCCUCAGGGAGAGAGUUAUGCACCUGCUGGCUCUGAGGCCGUACAAGAGGCCUGAGUUGAUCCUGAGGCUGCAGAAAGACGGGCUUCCAGAAGGAGACAAAGAUCUGCUGGACUCGGUCAUCAUGGAGGUGGGACAGCUCAGUAACAGAGACAGCACAUUUGUUCUGAAGGACGGCCUUUAUAAGGAGCUGCAGAAGGACUGGCCAGGAUACACCUCAGGGGACCAGCAGCUUCUGAAGCGCAUCCUCGUCAGGAGACUUUUUCAACCACAGCAGAACCUCCUCACUGUCCCCGAGGCGCAGGUCAGCCCCCUUCGAGAGACCCCCAACUCUUCCCCAGCACACCGCCCGAAACACUCCCUUCUAGAUGAAUCCGCUGAGCCUCUGGCUAGUAAGAAGCCCAGGAUAUCCCUCCUAUCAAGAAAAUCAGCCAGCGAGAAUUCAAGACGGAGGUCGUCGAAACAAGCGACCCGGACAGACGCAGGAGCCAAAGCAGAAGAGGAGCAAAAUAACUCGCUUGACCCUAAAAGACUCUUUGAGUCGCUGUCAGCAGUUUGUCAACAGGAAGCAGAAGUGGCUAAAAGGCUGGAGCCAAAGGAUUCUCCUCAAGAGGAACCUAAAGAGCCAAAUGAGCAACAGAAACCCAAAUCUGAUGGGCCCCCGCCGCCCCUGAUGGUGCCCGAUCUGAGCAGACACGCAGUCAGGAAGAAGAAGAGCAAACACAAAGAUCAGGAGAAAGAUGGAUGGAGAGACGGAAAGGAAAGAAGAAAAGAGAAAAGUUGCAGUUCGGAUUAUUCAUGUAAAGAUCCUUCGGAGUGCAAAGAAUCCAGUGGAUUGUUUGACUCCAAUGAACCCCAAGCUGACGCCGUGACAGCCGACUAUUUAUCGAAAUAUGUGGUGAUCUCCAGCCAGAACCAGAGACAGAGUUACAAACAGGACUUUAAUAAGGAGUACAGCGAGUACAGAGAUUUGCACGCUCGCAUCGACAGCGUCACACAGCAGUUCAUGGAACUGGACACUCAGCUCAAGCAGCUUCACCAGGAGUCGCAUAAGUACAAGACGGUUCGGAAUAAAAUCCUUCAAGAGUACCGCAAAAUUAAAAAGUCUAAUCCCAACUACAAUCAGGACAAAGUUCGCUGUGAGUAUUUACACAACAAGCUGGCCCACAUCAAGAAGCUCAUAUCGGACUUUGACCAGCAGCAGCUCUCUGUGGAUCACAUCAGUGCCAAAUGAAGAGUCCAGCUGGAGAGAUUACAGCCAGAACAAGAAGCUGAGCUCUUCAGAGCCUCGAGAAACCGGCUGUGAAUAUCAGCAUGGUUUAGAGUAAAGUGAAGAGCUCUAGGACAUCUGCACUAGCGUUAUGCAGACACCAGGAUUCGCUACAGUUCUGUUAUGGAAGCGAAAAACUGCAAACCGAUGUGAAGAUGAGCUGCUUCACCUGAAAUCAUUCAGCAGAUCCCGCCCAGCUUAUCUUUAUACUUUAUUUGUGAAGUAAUGCUUGUAUGUCCUGGUUGGUGUUAACCUGAGACUGCUGCAUGCUGUACAUACCCAGGAAGGUGACAUCAUUUUUAUUAAAGGGUUUUUUUGUUGUUUUUUUUUUUGUUUUCUGUGAUGGCAGCUAAGAUUCCAUUCUGUCCUUCAGUAUUAUUUAAGCUUGGUGAUGAAUGUUAAUCAGUUCGGACCCGAUUAAUGAAAAACUCCAUCUCUACCAAGGACUCAACCUUCUCUGCACUCAAAAACUGUUACGUCGGUGAAGGUACUGUGUCACAUUCACUGAAAGUGUAAAAACGAAUCAACGGGUUAGAACCACCAGAGAACCUAAUGUACAGCGCCGUUCAUACUGUAAGCUGAGAAUUAAAACAAAAACACUGAAAUGUGAAAAAAAAUGCAUGAUAUGUGGUUUACAGACUGCAUGAUAAAAGUGAAGAUGUUGAC